UGGAGCAAUCUCAGGACCCAGAUCCAAGCUCUCAAUUCAGCCUCACCGUCAGGAACGGCCUACAAACUUUUCUUCCUUUCGAGGCAUGGUCAAGGCUAUCAUAACGUUGCGGAAGCGAAGUAUGGUACUAGCUUAUGGGACAGUUACUGGUCUAAAUUGAACGGAGAUGGCGAGAUUACCUGGGCCGAUCCACAGCUAACUUCUGUCGGCAUUGAACAGGCAAAAGAUAUUCGGCGUGCCCUCGAGAUUGAGUUGGACAACGGAUUUCAUCUGCCCGACAAGUUGUACUGCAGUCCCCUCUCUCGUGCGCUGAGGACAUGUGAAAUCAUGUUUGACAGUCUGGUUAGGACCGGCAGCGUAAUGGUGAUCGAGGUUCGUCACUUCUAUGAAGUAUCUUCACAGAACUGUCGUGAAGAGAAUGGCGAGCAUACCUGCGAUAAACGGAACACACGAACAUACAUUGCGUCGACAUACCCCAACUUUACCAUUGAAGAUGGAUUUACUGAGGAGGAUGAAUUGUGGACCCCUGAACGAGAGACUAAGCGGCACGUGGAGGAGCGGGCGAGGAAAGUACUCGACACAAUUUUCGAGGAUGCGGAUAAUACCUUCAUCUCAGUGACGGCUCAUGGUGGAUUCAUUAACGCCUUUUUGUGGGCAAGCGGUAGGCCAUCUUACCCGCUACCAACAGGCGGUGUGCUGCCUUUGGUCGUCAAGUGCGAAGUUAUGGCUUAA